UAGCUAGCUAACAAUAUAUAGCCAGCUAUUGCUAGCUAGCUCGCAAUGUUGUUUGCUAGUUAACUAGCUAGGCAUACGUCUACGCUGCUAACGUUGGAUAUAACUUACUGUUACGAUAGUCUAGCUUUCUUGUCCCAGUUUGUCAAGGUGUUUGUGGCGCGAUUAUUAAAACUAUCGAUAGCAUCCAUCCGAUAUUAUGUUGGCUAGCAAAAAAGUAACGGUCACCAGUCCAAACUGGCUAUAAACUCAGCGAGAUUCGCAUUAAAAGCGUCUACCGACAAGAAUGAGCAGACUGCUAAACACAUUCAGAAAUGGGUAAAUAAUGCUGAAAUAUAUCAGCCACACUUUCAAUACUGAAAAAGACUAACGAACGAAUUAACCGUUAACGUUACUUGCACAACCAUCUGGGAUUCUUUGCAAGUUCGUCAACCUGGAGUUCUGGCAAAUCUGAUAACAUACUAUGUGUGAGGGUCUGAGCAUUACCCAGCACCUAGAGGCCCUGCAAGGGCCAGUGAAGAUGGAUUGAGCUGGAACAGACCCACCAAAGCCAACAGUGUCCUCAUCAUGGCGUCCCUGCUCCCGCUCUGCCCCGCCGACCCCGCGUCCCCUGGCUCCUCCCUCCUGGGCUCUCAGGUCCACGCCGCCGCAGUGAACGGAGACAGGAGCGCCCUCCACAGGCUGAUCACAGCCGAUCCCUCUCUGCGGGACAGGGAAGACCAGUUUGGGCGCACUCCUCUGAUGUACUGUGUGCUGGCUGACCGGCUGGACUGUGCAGAGACUCUGCUGAAGGCUGGGGCCUCCGUCAACAAGUCUGACCACAGCCAGCGCACCGCCCUGCACCUCGCUGCCCAAAAGGGGAACGUGCGCUUCAUGAAGCUGCUGUUGUCCCGCCGGGCGGACUGGCUGCAGAAGGACCUGGAGGAGAUGACGCCGCUGCACCUGGCAACCCGCCACCGCAGCCCCAAGGUCCUGGCCCUGCUGCUGAAGCACAUGGCCCCGGGCGAGGUGGACACGCAGGACAAGAACAAGCAAACCGCUCUGCACUGGAGUGCCUUUUAUAACCACCCUGAACACGUCAAACUACUCAUCAAGCACGACUCCAACAUCGGCAUCCCCGACAGCGAGGGCAAGAUUCCCCUGCACUGGGCCGCCCACAACAAAGACCCCAGCGCCACCCACACCGUGCAGUGCAUCCUGGAAGCAGCCCCAACAGAGUCCCUUCUCAACUGGCAGGACUACGAGGGCCGCACACCACUGCAUUUCGCCGUCGCAGACGGUAAUGAGGCUGUGGUGGAGGUGCUGACCUCAUACGAGGGCUGCAGUGUCACAGCCUACGACAACCUGUUCAGGACUCCACUGCACUGGGCAGCCCUGCUGGGUCAUGCCAGGAUCGUCCACCUGCUUCUAGAGAGAAACAAAUCUGGCACCAUCCCGUCCGAUAGCCAGGGCGCCACCCCGCUGCACUAUGGCGCUCAGAGCAACUUCGCCGACACGGUGUCUGUGUUCCUGCGGCACCCUUCGGUGAAGGACGACCCCGACCUGGAGGGCCGGACCGCCUUCAUGUGGGCGGCGGGCAAGGGCAGCGAUGACGUCAUCAGGACCAUGCUCGACCAGAAGGCUGACAUCGACAUCAACAUGGCCGACAAGUACGGGGGCACAGCCCUGCACGCUGCUGCCCUCUCUGGACACGUGAGCACAGUGCGUCUCCUGCUGGAGCGUGGGGCGAUGGUCGACGCGUUGGACGUCAUGAAGCACACGCCCCUUUUCCGCGCCUGUGAGAUGGGCCACCGUGAUGUCAUCCUCACCCUCAUCAAAGGCGAGGGGCGGGUGGACCUGGUGGAUCUGGACGGCCACACGGCUCUGCACUGGGCGGCGCUGGGCGGGAACGCCGAGGUGUGCCAGAUCCUCAUGGAGAACGGGAUCAACCCCAACGUGCAGGACCUGGCGGGACGUACCCCGCUCCAGUGCGCCGCCUACGGGGGCUACAUCAACUGCAUGGCCAUCCUCAUGGAGAACCAGGCCAACCCCAACUUCCAGGACAAGGAGGGGAGGACAGCCUUGCACUGGUCUUGUAAUAAUGGCUACUUGGAUGCGGUCAAGCUGCUUCUGGGAUACAAUGCCUUCCCAAAUCACAUGGAGCACAGCGAGGAGAGGUACACGCCCCUAGACUACGCCCUGCUGGGUGAGCACCAGGAGGUGACGCAGUUCAUGCUGGAGCACGGCGCUCUCUCCAUCGCUGCCAUCCAGGACAUCGCUGCCUCCACCAUCCAGGCCGUGUACAAGGGCUACAAGGUGCGCAAAGCCUUCAGAGAGCGCAAGAACCUGCUGAUGAGGCACGAGCAACUGCGCAAGGACGCCGCCAAGAAGCGGGAGGAGGAGCAGCGUAGGAGAGAGGCGGAGCAGCAGGUCUCAUUGGCUGAAGCGGAGCGGCGGAUGAAGGUGCUGUUGGUGGCUGAAGCUGAGAGUGCCGGUGAGGGCCCGACCCUCAGGGGCCACGGUGUCAGGAAGCCCAACAAGAGUGACCGCAGCCAGGCUCCCUCUACCAAGAGCAGGACUGAGGAUCUGCGGAGACACAGGGAGCACAGGAGCAGAUCUGCUAAGAGUGAGCAGCAGGGGAGGGACACAGAGGCACCAGCAGCUCCUGCCCACACAGAAGCCCCCUCUGGCCCACAGAAGAGGGCCUCGGCGCCCCCCGAGAGGGCCAGCAGGGGCUCGCUGGAGGAAAAGGUCCCGCUGAGAUCCAGGCCUACGCCCAAAUCUCCCAAAUCCCCCAAAUCCCCCAGACCCCCUGAGGCCAGCGUCAAGGCAGGAGGGAAGGCACCCAGGGGGGGGAGACACUCUCCCGCGGGGUCCAGCAGACCAGGAAGUGCCAAGCCGGGGGUAGUCCAUGGGGGCACCCACGCCAACACCCACGCCCCCGCCCACCCGGCACCACGCCCCACCCGAGCGGCCACGCCCACUCAGGUGUCCCAGCUGCCCCCACGUUCCCCUCGAGGAAGGGCGGGCCCCCGGCCCCCAUCCUCCACCUGCGUGGCCCCUUCCUCGGCGCUGGUGGUCCCCUGGCAGGCAGGCAAGGUGGAGCUGGUGCCCCUGGAGCUCCGGCUGACGGUGGUGGAGAGGGAGUACAGCCACAAGGAGCUGAUUCACAGGAAGAACCUGGCAGCCUGCACUAUACAGAGGGCCUGGAGGAGGUUCCACGUGCGAGGCAGGCUGAAGGAGGCGCUGUGUGCCGGGGAGGAGGGGGCGGAGUCGGCCGAGGCCACCUCCCUCCUGAUCCAGCUGUUAUGGGACAGGCGGGCGGAGCCAGGCCGCGCCCCUCCGAAAGCCACGCCCGAACUCCGCCCUCCUCCGGCCAGGGCAGGAAAGAAGAAAAGCACCGUGCUGCAGAGCAUCUACGGAGGAUCUCAGGCUAGGAGGGGGCACCCCACCAGGACUGCAACACUAACCUCCCGUAGUCACUCCCAGAUCCUGCUGGACCUGUCCCUGAGCACGAACACACACUUGAGCAGCAUCGAGUGUGUCCACCUCUUGGAGACCGUGGGUCAGGCCAGGCAGUUCUCCUACCACAUGAGGCCCCACAGCGCCGCCCAGGGCCCCAAGGGCCGCGGGAAACCCUGAUGCUCCGCCCGGCACUUCCGCAGACCGCACCGGGUCUCUGUUGGUACACUCCACAUCGCAGGGAACGAGCCUCCCACCCAACGGGCCACCAUCUCUGGCCCGAGCAAAGCACAACGGCUCUAUGAAGUUAAUAGGAAUUUCAGUUCAUUUCAUGGGUACGAAAUGCAAACAAGACGUUGUUUUGUAGUCUGACUACAACAAGAAAGCAAAGGGAGAGUGCUGGAGAUCCAAAGAAGCAGGAAAACGAACAAACGAAAACUAGCGCCCUUGUCAGAGUGCAAAGCCACAGGUGUUUGAACUUCUGUCUGGUGAGGGAUUCAUGCAUGUAGUUUAGAUCUGAGAUAUAAGUGAAGUUGAAGCCAUACAGUCCUGGACCAGCCAAAGGUGGGAUAAUGAGGGUAUACAGUUAAAAUCAUGCUUUCAUGUCCGCCUUUUUGUCUUCUCAAUCUGGCCACUUGUCACAACAUAUGUAGCUGAUGUCAAUAUUCCAGUGACAGAAUUAAUAUUUGUUAAUGAGCGCUAGUCCGUGCAAGUUCACUCAAAACAUUUGCCUUUUUCACAUGCAUGCAAACAAAUCUUAAUAUAAGCAUAUUUCUUUAACCGUGUUUUUGAGUAUAAGUCUUAAUAUUACUCGAUUUUCAUACAUGGCUUGGCCUUUUUAUAUGACAGUGUAAAGUGUUUCAACUGCCAACAUAUUUUUUAUAUGUAUACAUAUCUCGUGUGAAAGGCAAGAUGGCGGAAAGCUCUGGCCUGUAUUAUUGCCUCAAACAAAUUUUGCCUUAAAAUCUGGUUCAGUACUGGAUCUUACUUAGUUUUUAAGCCAGAACACUAUUGUCAUGACAACUUCAUGAGGGGGGGUGGAACCCGCACGGUUUUGCGCAAGAGAUAACCUUUCCUCUUGCGCAUGGAACGCAGCCAUCUGUCAACACCAAGCCAUACACCUAUCCCACCUGCAGUUGGCAAGCAGGCAGGGGGAUUAGAGCAUUACGGAGGGUCUGUCUGUUAGACAUCUUUAUCUAUGGUAUGCAAGUGACUGUUUAAAAGCCUUAUUGCGUAUGAUGGUUUGUAUGUUCACCUCCUCAAAGUUCAAACAAUGCUCUCCCUUGUACUCAUGGCACUUGAUACUCUACCCUGAAGCCAUGAAAGUUGCAAUACGUUUAUACUUUCCACAGCUUUAUUUGAAUGGGUAGCAAUAUUUAUUUGAGGUACUAUUGGCAUACCCUUUUCCCAGGGUAUAGUUGUAGAGUAUUUUGGAUCUGAAUUAGUGUCACUUCCAACCUAUGCAUAUUAUGAUUAUUAUUGCACAAAUUUUACUUGUAUUUUGAGACUUGUCAGUAUUUUUGCGUCAACUUCACGCUGACCUGCCUUUUGCAAGUCCUUGUUGGCUAUCCUUUUGUGAUUUGCCAUUUAUAAUUAUUAUAAACAAAUACCUCAUUAAUGUUGUGCAUAUUCUUAUACCCGUUUUUUGUACAACUGCUUAAAUAAAAGAAACAUUGCAAACAGU